AUGGCAUAUUUGAUGUUCCCUGUUGUAUUACUCCUUUUCUCUGCAGUUGUUCUGUAUUUGUCCUAUUACUUUGGACAGUGGAAAAACCAACCAGUUAUAUGUACGGUCUCAUACACUAUCGGCUGGUUAAUUUCUCUGUUAUUCGUUGGCGUACUUCCAAUUGACAUAUCUUCAACUUUUGCUCAUCAAAAUGAGAUCAAUAAUAUUACUGAGCAGAAGUCCGAAUCUAUCCCAGUCUUCGUCGAUAUGCGGACACUUCAUAUAUUUUGGAGCGUAGUUUAUUGGGCCUCACAAUUGUUGACAUGGAUAAUUCUUCCAAUAAUGGAAUCGUAUGCAGACUCAGGGGAGUUCACCAUUUUGCGGAAAUUGCGCUCCGCUAUCAUAGAUAAUGCAAUCAUUUAUGGGUCAUAUCUAAUCCUAUUCCUCGGUGUGAUGAUAUAUCUUCUUGUUAAAAGGACUGUUUCUCUUGAUGCCGCGUCGCUGAAAGUCCUUUUGAUCACAACCAGUAACACCUGGGGUCUCUUUUUGGUGAUUUUCUUUUUGGGCUACGGUCUAGUUGAAGUCCCCAGAGCGUUAUUGCGUGCUGCGUCCCCGAUCAGUCGGCUUCGCUUUGGAUAUUUUUCACUGAGCAAAAGGUACCUUGAGUACAUUGAAGACGAAGAGGAGCUAAAAAUGGUUCUAGCAGAAAUUGACGAUCUAGACCAUCAGGUAGGGCCUGAACAUCCUCUUCGCUCUCGUCUGAAUGUGAUUGUUUCAAAAGCCGCAGGUAUCAGCGAGACUAGCACCAGCAGCGAGCGAGCAGCUCGGCGGGCCAACGGCAGUCGAUCCGAGGGCGGCGCAGGACUCGGCUCGGCCGCGCUUACAGCACAACGUCUUGUGCGGCUGCACAAACGCUUAAAGCGCGUUUAUCAUUACUGCUGUCGGGCUCAUGCCCUCUGGCACGAGGCUCUUCGUCAAGCUGCCUCUGCUGAGGAUGUGUGUAACAAUUGCGUUGCUGGCCGCCCACGAGUUUUUGAAAACGGUCCCACUCCAGCUGUUCUGAGCACUAGGGAUUCGUCUAGCUCGGUCCCUUCGCUGUGGCGGCGGCUGGUGGGAGCGGAUUCGCGGGCCCGCAAUCUCGAAUGGUACUGGAGGUGUCGCCUCUAUCCUCUGGCACUGCGGGCUCUGGGCUCCCUCCUCGCGGUUGUCUCGCUUCUUGUCGUAUGGAGUGAAUGCACAUUCUUCGUCCGGGAGCCUCGCCUCUCCGUUAUCGCUGCAAUCAUCCAUUCUCACCAGACCAUCACGUCGUAUAAUCUCAUUGCAUUCGUCAGUUUUGCAUUCCUGGGCUACUUGGGCUUCUGUAUCUACUUCACGGCCUACCGUCUUCGAUUCUUUAACUACUACCGCCUCGUGCCUAACCACCACUCCGAUGCCAUCAGCCUCAUCUUCUACGGCUACAUGCUCUGCCGACUGACUCCGUCUCUAUGCGUGAAUUUCCUCUGCUUGGCCCAUCUGGAUAGUCACGUCAUAUCCGCUUCCGUUGAUACUACUUCCGCUGUCACCAAUAAAAACAGCACAGUCGCCACGACCGCCAAUGAGACUACCAACACCACCAUACCCCCAUCUGCCACAAGCGCCUACUACGAGACGGCUUUCACAAAGUUCAUGGGCCACCUAGACGUGGUACCUUUUAUUGCUAACGGCUUCAACAUCUACUUUCCCAUUAUUGUGGUGCUGCUGUGUCUGGUGACCUUCUUCAGUCUGGGCAGUCGCUUGCUCACCUGCCUGGGCAUGCCUCAACUCAUUGGUCCGAGUUUCAUUGAUAAGCGGCUACCUGCCGGGGAAAGCAGUUCUGUGGACGAUGCUAUUGAGGAUGGUCGAAUGUUGCUCUACCGGGCUGGUAGCGGAAUGCGCAGUGCUCGUGGCUGUUUAAUGCGCCUGCAUUACAAGGCUUGCAUAUGCAUCACUCUAUCGGAAUCCUUCAAAAAUGUUGGCCAAACGAAACCGGUGCUGUUCCAGUUUGUCCUACUUACGAACCAAGUUGAACGCGAUUUCGAAGCCGCGGCUACAGAAGGUCGCCAAAUUGAGCGGACUCUGGGCAGGACGCGCCGAUUUGCACGGAACGCGACCAUCUCUGACCCCGCUACCCAUCGUAACCCACUCGAAAGGCAGGUCAAAUCACCCUCUGGCUCCCAAACUCUUGAAGAUCAAGACGAACUGAGGGUAGAUCAGACCUUUAGUCCCGAUCAGCCGAUUGUGGAGUUCUCCGAGGAGAAGAUGAACGCCAUGUUUGAGUUCAAUCCCCCCUCCAUCGGUAGCGAAGGUGGGCCAUCGGCUUCCAGAACUCAGUACACACACCUAGAUGGCGAGGGGCGUCCCCUCCUUUCAAAAGUCGUCUCCUCCCUCCACCGCAUCUUCCAUUCGUACUCUUCGUCCGCAUCGAAGAGUACGAUUUCUGGGAACGAGAUCAAAUAUUUGAACAAAUCUCCGGAUGAAGACUGGGCUCUUCAUCCCUUCGAUUAA